UUGGCGGCGCGACCGAGCGGUGACUAUAUCGAUGAUGUCAUAGACACGCUUCGAUCGCGGCACCUUUGGUUUCUGUGGAGCUAGUAGUCGGUCGUACUCGUAACGAAUCGGGUGUUCCGCCAGGAUUCAGUGGCGGAUGCCACUCAGAUUUCGAAUAAUUUUACGGUUGAAAUGGAGGCGAUAGUAAACAAUUCUUCGUCUACGCUGUCUACUAUUCCUCAUUAUUCUAUAGUCUUUAAUUUUGAGAAUGAAUUCGACCAACAAGUGAAGAAGGAAUGGAUGAAGAACUAUUGGCAAUUAUCUCUUUAUUCUGUGAGUGUCUACAUGAUUUUUAUCUUUGCCGGACGAGCUUAUAUGAAAAGUCGUCCACCCUUCGACCUCAGACGAAUUUUGACCGUGUGGAACAUAGUCUUGGCUGUAUUCAGCAUCAUGGGAACUCUAAGAACUAUGCCCGAGUUUUUACAUGUCAUUAGAGAAUUCGGACUCACCUUUUCUGUCUGCAAUCCUACUUUUAUGCAACAUACUAAAGUCUCCGGAUUUUGGGCUUGGAUGUUUACUUUGUCGAAGAUUUCUGAACUUGGUGACACCGUCUUCAUUGUCUUGAGAAAACAAAAAUUGAUCUUCCUCCACUGGUAUCAUCACAUUACCGUUUUGCUCUUCGUUUGGUAUACUUAUACCGAAUAUUUGGGACCGGCUCGUUGGUUUAUGGUGAUGAAUUACUUCGUCCAUUCCUUCAUGUAUUCCUACUACGCAUUGAGAGCCUUGAGAAUUUCCGUACCGAAAUUCGUGGCUCAGGCAAUAACCACAGUUCAAAUCGUUCAAAUGUUUGCUGGAUGUUUCGUUUGUUUCUGGGCCUAUCGGACCAAAUUGCGCGGAGAAUUUUGCCAGAUUUCCAUGAGGAGUUCUCAUUUGGCCAUAUUGAUGUACGUCUCUUACUUGGUCCUAUUCAGCAGGUUCUUUUAUAACUCGUACCUGAAGCCGAAGCAAGAUAGAAUGAAAAAACUCGAAUAGAAACGACUGAAAAUUUCCGUUUUCCUCUUUUAUUUUUUCGAUUUUUUGCGGUUCAUCCGUCCACCUAUUGAUGAUACAUAAUGAAAAAAAGAAAUUUAUCGCGCUUUCGCCAUAUUGGAUGAAUUGUUAACUCGUCAAUUAUUGCCUUGGUCAAUGAUUUGCGAUGUUGCUACUCAAGGGACCAAAUGUUCUUGCCAGACGAGAGUGUAUAUUUUUUUAAACGUUAAGUCAUCUCCAACGAGAUAAUUGUUUUUACGCAUAAACGAAUGCCUAUUUAUCGUUGUUGGUUUUUAAUUGGUUAUAUUUUGUUAUCCCUGGGAGGAAUAUGUUUUAACUUUAUUGUACAUAAUUUAAAGCGUAAAAAAAAAGAAAGCUGUACGAUAAUAAUGUAUAAAUAUGUAAAUUGUUAGAAAUUACCCGUUUAAUUUUAGUUCAAAAUAUAUCUACGACAUGAAACCGUAUUGGAAAAAUAUUGCAAAAGGCCACCAAUCGGGCCAAAGCACAAUUUAAAUCGAUCAAUCAAAUGCGCGAUUCGAUUGGUCUUUUUCGUUUAAAGCUAGACUAUUGGACGAUAACUGUGUGUGUGUGUGAGAGAGAGGAAGUCACGUCAUCAUCGGCUACUGUUUCGUCAUAACUUAUUACCGGAAACUAUUUUCACUUAUUUAGGACUGUUUUAGAUUUCAGAAAAUGUUUAAAAAAAUAUAUUUAGCGAUUUAAUUCUAAUAUUCUAAUCAAAUACAUUUAAGAAAAUAGCCGAAAAUAAGAGUCUAGUUUAAAGUAGGCAUCGUUACAAAUAUUUAAUUUUACUUCCAUAUUUUGUGAUAUUUUAUAUUAUUAAUAAAGUUGUAGAAAAUUUUCAAGUAU